GCUGAAGCUUGUUACCCAGGAACAUACCCAUCCUGCACUUCUAGCACAACGUUACAGAAACAAACAGCAGCGAACUCAGUCCUCAGAAAUGGCAGAAAGAGAGUCGUGCUCCCUCGGUAAUGGAACGUCAACAGCCGUUUACACUAAUCUUUUAGCGCCCUCUGAAGGCAUCCACAGCCUACUGCAAGACGGGCUGAGCUUCACUCCACUGGACGCCAGCAGUGACGGCACUAUUCAACCUUUUUCUCGUUCACCCAAACUAUAGCGUAAGGCUGCCAAAACCGCACAACCCUCUCAGGUACAGAUGUUUUGAUUGGCUGGAACAUACACCAAUCGGCUAUAGCAUUAAAACUAGCUGCUAAAUAUUAAUAAGUCGCUCUAGUGCUGCCAAUCUCCAUAAACCCGGCUUGUGGAUUAACAUCUUGUAGGUCAGGGGUGGGGGAACUCCAGGGCGCGAAUACAAUGCUGCAUGAAGUAUUUACUCUGUGAUUCUUACACACAGACUUUAGAGAUUUUACCACUAUCUACGCAUGGGUCAUAGGCCAUAAUGACUGUGACCUAAUCAAGGCAACACUGUGCAUUUUCUCUCUAUAAAACUUUUCUUUAUUCGAGAGCUCAGCAACCAGCAGCCCCAAAAAAAGAAAAGGAAUACUGUCAUAUAAAUCUCAGUUUAGUGUCGAACUCUUUAAAGAACAGCAGGAACUGAUUAACAAGUAUGACGGGAUAGAUAGAUCAUAGAAUCAUCAGGUGCCAAAGACCGAUCAUUUAGAUCAUUUAUGAUACAAAAAAUGUCCUGUUGUCUGCAGGAGCAGUUAACCAGACGUAUCCAGGAGCUGCAGGCUGAAACGUCCAAGACUAAGGCGCGCAUCCAGUCUCUGAAGAAACGCAAGGCCGAUCUCUCUAGGACCACAGAGGUCAUGAAGCAGCAGGUUCGAGAGCACUUUGAGAACAUGCGGUGCAUUUUGAAGCAGGAUGAACAGGUGAUCCUGGACUCCCUGGAGCUGGACCUGAGGCAUACAAGGACCAAGCUGGACCAGGUUCUAAAGAAGUGGGAUAACUACCACGACCAGGUCACCAAGAGCAUGAGCAGCAUACAGAGAACGUUGAGUAAAAGCACCACAGCGAAGGAAGGCGAGCAGGGUCACUCUGAGACUGCAAGCCUUAAGAAGCCAGACACGUCUGAGAAGGAAAUCAGGCUGAAUGAAGAGAGAUUCGAGAGGCUUCUAAAAACACUCUCCUCCAUCUCCAAAAACCUCAAGGCCAGGCUGCAGAGGAAGACUCUACUCUUAGAUUCUUUCCCCAUAAUGAUCGACAGGCAGUCUUGCCAUAAUCUGAUCAGAGUGACAUCAGAGGGGCGGGGCAUGUCCUUCUCUGGCUCUGCUUGCCCAGCUCCAGAACAUCCCCUUCAGUUUGAUAAGGUAUGCUGUGCUCUGGGGUCCUCUCCCAUCACAGCAGGUCAGAGUUACUGGGAGGUAAAUGUCCGCUGCUGCUCAGCCUGGGCUGUGGGUGUAGCCUAUGACACCCUUGAGAGAAAGGGCAAUGACAAGGGCGCCAAGCUGGGCCGAAACAGGAACUCAUGGUGCGUAGAGUUUCAGAACCGCAAUCUGACCGCGUGGCACAACAACCGGCACAUAUCAUGUCAAGGAGUGGGGCAGACUCCAAUUAGAAAAGUGGGAGUGUGGGUUAAUUAUGAUAAAGGCCAGCUGAUAUUUUACGAUGCAAAAAACAUGGUUGUCCUGCAAAAGUUCUCAGCAGCCAUGACACCGGUGUUCGACAGAGCUCAUCACCAGUUCACUCAACCCCUGUACCCCGCCAUACGCUUCCUGAGACCACCGGACAAUCAGGUCUGGCCAAACCACUUGGAGUUUUGUUCCCAGAAGUUUCUGUGAUACCAUUAUCAUAUUCUACAUAAAGUUGUGCUUAGAAGUUUACAUAUGCUCAUCAUUGUGAUGAAUGCUAUGAAUGCUAUAUCUUUGAGCUACGUAGAACGAUUGUACAGCAUAAAAGCUUUAAUGACUAAAGGCUCAAAUAUACACUUAAGUCUUUUAACAGAUGGCACUGAAAUUAUUUUUACCUUGACAGGGCCUGUAAAUAAUUUGAUCAAUUGACUACAACUGGUAGUUUAUCUUUGCCAGCAUAAAAAAAGGAUUCUCUUGACAGCACUCAUGAGACCAAAACUUAGAACAAUGGAAAACUCGGAACUGUAGGUUCUACAAAGGAUUAUAGAUUUACACAAGUUCAGAAAGUCUGAUGAAAUCAUCCCCAAAUCUGAUUCCAGGGUCAUCGGCUCAAAUAUACACAAGUACAUAUUUGUGCCUGUAUAUAUGCUUUUGACCUUUGAAGCCUGAUCCAUGAAAUAACUGCUAAUUUUUUUUAAAAGAUUUAUGGAGUGUUUAUUUAAUCUUUUGGCAAUAAAAAAAAUGAAAUAUUUAUUUGAACAUAUGAGUUUUAAUUUGUAUCACAUAUGAUACACUAGGCAUUAAGGGGUAAAAAUGUAUCUUCUACAAUGGUUUCACACUGAGAAAAGAUCGAUAAAAUCUUUUUUAAAAAGUACCCUGACAUUCAAUGCCCAUGAUAAGAACAUGAAAAAGUCUGACCACACCACUAUAACAAUGUGGAACAUCUAGCCCAGAGGUAUUCAAUUAAAAUUUAAGGAGGUCCAAUUAAACAAAACCAGUAUUUCUCAAGUAGCCAAAUAGUUGUAAUGGUAUCUGUAUAUAGUCAACAACUGGCUGUCAUUCAACAGUAUUUCAAGAAUGGCUAAACUUCAGAUUCCCACAUCCUCCUCCACAGAAGCAUAGUGGUAACUUCUCCAUAAAGCAACACACAACCUUUCAUACAAGUACCUUGAAAAGCUACAUAGCAGAAUUUAGACUGAGACAUAGUAACUAAAGCUACACUACUCAACUGGCUGAUGACAGCUGGAAUUGGCCUUGAUGAUCAGGUUGUAAUGUCAUGAAACGUACUGCCAGUCCAUAUAUAUUCGUUCAGUCAGUCCUGAAAUCUUCUCUCAUUAUGAAACAUUAGCAUCGGUUUCAAAUGCCACCAUGUUCUGCUCAGUCAUCAUUCUUUGAAAUGCACAAAGAGGGUUUGCAGAAUAAACAUGUUAGACUCAGUGAAAUGCAGUCUAAUUCAUUCUCACCUUGAUUUUAUAUACACAAAAUAGCCUAUGUGCAAACACCUGGAACGCUUUAUUAUAUACAGGAAAGCAGCAACUGAUGCAUAAA